AUGAAGCAUGGGGAUAAUAGCUCUGGUGUCUCUAGAGGGUCUAGUUGUGCCAGUAGUGGUGCUUUCAAGUGGGUGUACAAUCUUGUAUACCGUUUGCAACCGAAAAACGAAGCGUUGAUGGACAAUGAAGAUGCGUAUAUUGUUGGUGUUGGUAAAUAUAAUGGGACCCAAACCUCAGAGUGGGCACAUAGUGAGACCAAAAGGUUUCUUUACUACUCUUAUCGCGACCAUUUUGAACCCUUGGAGAAUGGUGCAACCAUGGAUACUUCUUGGGGAUGUAUGAUUCGAUCAGGACAAAUGAUGAUUGCGUGUGCUUUUAUGCGUUUCUUUAAUGGUGGUAAGGCUCACAUUGAUGAUGAACAUACACAGGAAUUAAGGGAAAAGGUCCAAUUUUUAUUUUCUGACGUACCAUCAGCCCCAUUUGGGAUUCAUGCUAUAUCAUCAGAAGGUGUGAAACAUGGUGUUCCAUGCGGUAAGUGGUUUGGACCAACACCUCUCUCGAACACGCUAAGUUCUCUUAGUUCACGUUAUUUGUCUACUGUAGGGGAAGGGCCAGUGAUACUUACUGUCUCUGAUAGAAUGAUUAUUUCCAAACAGGUAAUGAAUCUUCUACAAGAUUCUAAGCAUGUGGUUUUGCUCAUUCCACUAAUGGUGGGAGUGGGUUUCAUAUCGGAAAAGUACGCAAAGGUAGUAUUGCAGAUUCUUGAGAUGGAAAGUUCCAUUGGUAUCAUUGGUGGACGUCGUUCCUCCGCACUUUUUUUAUAUGGACACCAGGGGAAUAAGGUUUUCUACUUGGACCCACACUAUACUCAACGUGCUUUUACAUCACCAGAAAGCACAGGGACAUUAACGAGCGCACGUCGGAUGAUAUCAAUAACAUCCUGUGAUACAUCCAUGGCUUUUGGUUUCUAUAUUGCCUCAAUUGAAGAUUUUGAGCUCUUUCGGAAGGAAAUGGCGAAGGCAAACUCUCAACUUACUUUUCCACUAAUUUCAGUUGUAGCUGAAGAAAGAACCGUUUCGUACAAUAUUGAAGUAGAUGAUUGUGCAUUUAGUCCAUGUGAAGAAAGGGAAUAA